AUGUCAAGCUUUCUUAAAGUUUUUAUUUUACUGCUUGUUCUUCCUCUAGUUUUAACUCAACCAGUGGUUAAUAAUGUUCUGUCCUAUGGUGCAAUCGGCGAUGGCCUCAAAGACGAUACUAGUAGUUUGUUGAAAGCAUGGGAGGCCACAUGCAAAUCAUCUGCUUCCUCAGCAACCAUGUACUUUCCUCCAAAUCGCGUGUUUCUGACUCAUCCUCUGCUUCUUAAAGGCCCAUGCAAGGCGGAAGUCGUGAGAGUGGAGAUCAAUGGCACAAUCACCGCGCCAAGCGAGCCUAAAAAUUGGAAGUGUGGUUCUGAUAAUUGUGAUACUUGGUUACACUUCUCUCACAUGUAUGGAAUUGAGAUCUCUGGCUCUGGAACCAUCUCUGGCCGCGGUCAAAAAUGGUGGGACAUGAAGCGCGAUAAAGACAAGCCUGCUGCCUUGAGGAUUACUAAUUCUAGGAAUGUUGGGCUUAGUGGAUUGAGAUUUAAAGAUAAUCCAAAGAUGCACAUUGUGCUUAAUGGGGUGCAAACUGCAUACCUCUCUUAUUUAAAGAUUGAGGCACCGGGUCAUAGUCCUAACACGGAUGGCAUUCAUAUAGGCGAGUCCACGGAUGUCCACAUUCAGCAUUGUAACAUUGGGACCGGAGACGAUUGCAUAUCUAUUGGAGGUGGAUCUAAUUGUUGGAAGUUUGUCAUUUUGAGCACAAAUUUGAGUGAGGCUCGGCUACGUGCUCGUGGCGGAUGCAUUCCUCAGUUCUCUGAUGUCUCUGGAAAUAGCUUUUGUAUUAGUGGAGAAUAG